AUGGGCUAUGUACCAGCUGCUCCAGAGGAGAGCACGCGCCAAUGGACCUUUAUGGGACUCGAAUGGAUUAUUAGAGAUAUUCGGAAGCUGCGAGAUUACAUCGAAGGUCCAGAGAACACAGAAUCAUCUGAGAACCUCAAUGCUGAGGAUCACGCCGUCGCGGAACACGGCGAUUUCGAGGUUUUGAAAGAGUCGCCUGUAAUGGGCGACAACAAGUUCAAAUUAGAGAUAGCGCGUUCUCAUGCUCCUUCUGAUGUGGACAGCAAGACUUUGUCGCUCUAUAUCACUUCUCUUGCACUAGACUUUGCUCAUCCAGACUAUGAGCUGCCCACUUCGAUGAUGACUGCGAUCAAGUGCCAGGACGACCGAGUGGGCGAGCGUGGCGCACGCCCGGAGUGGGUAUGGGAGUUUUGGCAGAAUGACUGGGUGUUCCGGCAAGAAAGCGAGGUUUGGGCCUGCAGCUUGCCUUCACUCUCUUUUUUGUUGGAAAAUUCACGAAUUCGAGAGACGGAUUCGUUCGUGAUCUGUGUGCAGAUUCAUUGUCCAAUAGGACCCUUAUUUCCGUCGCAUCCAUCCGCGUAUUAUGUGCCGCGAGACCUACUUGAUGGCUUGGAAGCCUCAUUAGAUAAUCCCAACACUGGAGACGUUCGUUUCGUGUGUCUUGAGAAACUAUGCAAUGACAUCAACACAUCCCCAACCUUGAAUACGCCAGAAGUGACUUCACCUGUAACCCACCGAUCACCCUCCUCAACAUCCUCUCAUUCCCUGUUUUCGGCCCAAACGACAGCGCGUAAACGCAUCAUCUACGCCCAUUCAGACAUCCUAACGCGCCGCUCCGACUAUUUCGCCACCAUGCUGGCUUCUUCAUUCGCAGAGAAUCAAGGAGUAAUAUCAGGUGGACGAAAACUUCUUACUAUCGUGGUCGAGGAGGCUGAUUUUGAAACUGUUUAUUGGCUACUUAAGUUCUGCUAUGCAAACUGGCUUCUUUUCAAAGAGCGCGACGAUCCACGGGCAGCUGUAGAAGGCAUAGGGGCGGGAUUGAGUGCGAAAUGGCUGCAUGCACAUGGCGGAGAAUGGGACUGGAAGACUUUCCCCAAGUCUGGUCAUGGAGAUGAUGUUUCCGUUGAUGCUAGGAGUGCCACCAGUGGUGACAGCGCCACCGAGCAAAGCCGAUCUCCCACUAGCGGACCAACGGGCCUUCAGCCUGGACAAAUGAGAACAACGCCAAGUCCGCGUUCAGCUCCCUCAGCGUCAACAUCAAAAACUUCAACAAGCGCCACUUCACGCAUGUCAUCCACGGCGGCAAACAUGACUACCACGACCGCACCACGACGGGCCUCAGCCAUUCCGGUAAAUAUGUCAGGGACUUCAUCUAGUCGGUCUAAACAGACACCGGUUCCUCUCACUGUUCCCCCUAACUACUCUUCGAGUGGUCAUUAUCCAAUUUCUCCACAGUCACAAAGGCCGCGACAGACGAGUACGACGCCAGAUCCUCAUGUGCAUCCGACUCCUCCACCUCCGCCAGCGUCGGCUUUGUCCAUGUAUCAGGUGGCCCAUCGGUAUAGUAUGCCGACGUUGGCGAAUCUUGCUUUGGAGCAUAUGAUGGCUACUCUGACGCCGCAGUCGAGUUUUGCUUUGCUAUUAGCGACCUCAUCUUGGGAUGAAUUACGGUCCCUAGUUGAGGAUUACGUUGUUGACAAAUGGGACGAAGUUUCCGUUUCCGAAGAGUUUGAGCAAUGCUGUCAGGAGGUUGCAGCUGGAGAAUGGGGAUCGGAAGGAGGCAAGACCAUGACAGCUUUAUUCCGACGUCUUCGAUCCCCCAGCGUGAUAGGAUAUGUACGCGCCUGA